AUGUGUGAACAAGAAUGCAAGCACGAAGACACCAUGUGCAACGUGCCAUAUCGAAGUGCUGUCGGAGGCAUCAUGUAUCUCAUGGUCGCCACACGUCCGGAUCUAGCUGCUGCAGUGGGAUCAUUAUCCCAGUUCUCGUCCGACCCAUGCCCGACUCACUGGCAAGCUUUGAAGCGUGUGCUGAGAUACCUGCAAGCAACGCCCAAUCAUGGUCUUGAGUUUACACGUGAAGAAGGAAGCCGUAUCUGCGGGUACACCGACGCAGACUGGGCCGGCGACAUUGAGUCAAGACGAAGUACAAGCGGCUAUGUGUUCAUGAUGAGCGGAGGAUGCAUCAGCUGGAAAAGCCAGAAACAACGGACGGUCGCGCUAUCUUCAACAGAAGCAGAAUACAUGGCGCUUUCCGAAGCAACCAAAGAAGCAGUAUGGCUCAAGGUGCUUUUGGGGAACUUGGUGAGAUGA